UCUGUUGGUAAGAGUGAUCUAGGUGGACUCAAAUUUCUCCCUCUUCCUCACAUCACCUUUUUUUCCCAGAGGCCGGUUCUCAUUCCUUCAUCAUUUAAAAUAAUGUAUUACCGCAGGGGGGUACUUGGCUGGGCGCUAUGGUGUUGCUGUGAACUAAGCAGGCAGGAAUUCCCAGCCCUCAAGCCCACUGACAUCCCAGUGGGUGGCUCCUUUUCGGUUCCCAUCUUGGUGGCCGUCCACAGCACUGGCCAUGUCAAUCAUAUUUCUCCCCUGCUCUCAAGACUCCCUGCUUCCCGGUUCUCCCUCACUCACUGCUCUUUCUCGGUUUCCCUGGCUGUUUCCUCCUCUUCCCCCAUUGUGGGGGGGUAGGGUGCUCCUCUGUCUGUACUCACUUCCUUGGUGAUUUCAUCCAGUCUUGUGGCUUUAAAUACCAUCCAUAGCCAUCAGCCCCUAAAUUUACAUCUCCAGACCAGACUUAUCCCCUGAGCUCAGAGGCAGCUGUGGUCAUUCAACUUCUCCACAGGGAGAUCUAGCAGACAUUUCCAACUCAGUGUGCCCAAACCUCGGGCAUUUUCCCCCUAAACCUGCUUCCCCUCCUUCUCCAGCCUGUCAAAGGAUGCUCCAUCCUUUCGGUUGCUCAGGCCAGAAGCUUUGGUCAUCCUGGAUUCCUCUCUCUCAUACACACCCAUAUCCACUCCCUCAGCAAGCUCUACCUCCAGAAUCUUUCCAGACUCUCCCCAGUGCCCACACCCUGGUCCACCUGUCACCUCCCACCUGGACAAUCGUAGCAGCCUCCCUGGUCUCUCUGACCCUCCCCCCAGUUUGUCCCUGAAGGCAGUCACAGGGACCUGCUGCCUCUCACCCUCCCACACACACCACGCCGGAAGCAGGUGGCUUUGCCUCCAGCAGGGUGACAUCCGCUGUUGCUGCCUCUCUACUGCCCCGCUGUUUCUCAGGACUUCUCUGGACCAAAGCCCUUUGCCAGACCCCUUCCAGCCCUCACCCAUCAUGGUCCCUCCAGGCAACAUCCUACUCCUGCUUUUACUCCCAGUGGCUGCAGCUCAGAUGACCCCAGGUUCCUGUUCUGGGUGUGGACCCCUCUCCCUGCCGCUCCUGGCAGGCCUCGUGGCUGCCGAUGCGCUGGUGUCGCUGCUGAUCGUGGCAGUGGUAUUUGUGUGUGCACGCCCCCGAAGCAGGCCCACCCAAGGUGAGGAAGAUGGCAAAGUCUACAUUAACAUGCCUGGCAGGGGCUGAGCCCCCUGUAACUGCAACCUUUGACUUCUGACCCUCUCAUCCUGGAUUGUGUGGCAGCACAGAAAACCCACCCACCCUCUUUGGGUUGCUUUGGAAUAAAGCAGUUGAAAUACC